AUGUCUGCAGAAAAACCCACAGGCAACAGGCGUAAAUGUCUUCUAGAAAACGUCCGUGUGUUUAACGGGACCGCUUUCACCGACUGCCGAUCGGUAGUCAUAGAAGGGGACAUCAUCGGCAGCAAUUCAGACGGAGCAGACGAGAUAAUUGACGGACAAGGCCGCUUUCUGAUCCCAGGUCUGAUUGAUGCUCAUGUCCAUCUCCACCACGAGGGCCAUCUGCAAGCGCUAGCAGGCUAUGGAAUUACGACAGCCUUGGACAUGGCGAUGUGGCCUGCGGAUAAGAUGAAUGGACUACGAAACAAGCCUGGACUGCCAGAUAUCAGGAGCGCCGGAUUACCCGUGACGGCUUCUGGGAGCAUUCAUAGCUGUAUGCUGCCACUUCCCGAGGAGGCUUUACUAUCUGGGCCGGAUGAGGCUGCGAGCUUUGUGCAAAAGAGAAUUGACGAGGGAUCGGAUUAUAUCAAACUCAUCGCAGACAUCCCAGGGCCCAGACAGGAAACGCUCAAUGCCGUGUCUGCAGCUGCUCAUGCAAAGGGCAAAAUGGUCGUGGCACAUGCGUCGUCCUUUACUCCUUUUAACAUGGCAUUGGAAGCCAAGGCAAAUAUCAUCACUCAUGCACCUCGGGACAAGUCUGUUACUGAAGAGACUGCGGCAAUUAUGUUUCAAAAGAAAGUGAUCUCCGUCCCGACCUUGACCAUGAUGAAAGCAGUGUCUGCAAAGCCACCCCUGAGUGCGGCUCUUGGAAUGAUGGUCUUCAAGCCAUCGCUGUUCAUGGCCAUCUUGAAAGCCAAAAGAAAUGGCCAAGGACAACCGACUUAUGAAAAUGCAAGAGACUCCGUUACAGCGAUGUAUCGUGCUGGGGUGCCGAUACUAGCAGGCACGGAUUGCCAUGAGGCGCCGGAUUCUUUCUUCGAAGUCAAGCACGGAGAGUCUUUGCAUCAGGAACUGGAACUUCUGGUGGAGGCUGGUGUCUCCGUGGUGGAUGCUUUACGAGCAGCGACGAUCCUUCCAGCAGAACAUUUCCGGUUGAAUGAUCGGGGUGCUAUUGCUGAAGGAAAACGAGCUGACCUCGUUCUCCUUCGCGAAGACCCUACCAAGGAUAUACGCGCCACUCGCAGCAUUGAUCGAGUGUGGUGCGGUGGGAUUGAGUAUCAGAGUGUUACAUAG